AUGAGUCUGAUAGUACGGAUUAGAAACUUAUGUGUCUUUUUCUUGUCUGCAUGUCUUUUGCAGGCUGCUUCAGCUAUGGAGAUGGAUAAUACCGACGAAUAUACGAGGCCCGAUAUUGUUGACGCUGGACCAAAGACUUUCCAUUGGCUAUGCUCACUAUUCUUGCUUCUUUUGAUACCUUCGUUUGCCACAUGUCUAACAUUUGCUGGAAAGAUAUACACGUCUGUCUUCUUGCAGAUCAUCUGUGGAUGUUACGCAAUUCUAGAGGCCCUGGUACUUAAAUUCGAGGAUGGAGAUGGCGUUGAGAAUAGAACAUCAAGGGGAACAGCUUGGUUUCUGAUGUGGAUUACAUGGGUCACCAUAUUUUUCGGUGGAUUAGCUAGUGGAACUGGGAUUCUGGUUCGCAACAAGAAAUUGCAAGCAUUUGUGUCGCACACAGGAGAGUUUAAGCUUUCUCUGGUCCAUAGGGUUUUGUCAUUUAUGGUGGUCCUCACAGGAUGGGUGAAGAUAUGCUUGGCGCCCGUUGCUCUGUUUGGAUUCUGCAGAGAUAAGCACACAGGGCAAUGUAUCGCUCAUGGAAUAAUGGGCUCAGCAUUCAUUCUUUACGGUUUUGUUUAUUCGCUAGUACUUGUGAUACCUUGGCUACGACUUUCUCAAGCAUCCUUCUCCCAAGACCACAUUGAUAGUUGGGUGAUGUGUCUAUGGGGGAUUGUCAAUACUUUUACAGAGCACAGGUGGGGUCGCGAAGAUUGGAGUAUGAGUGAUUAUCAACACACCAUAAUGGGCGUCAUCUGGUGGUGCGGUGGUAUUUUGGGUAUUUUCUUGAGCAGAGGUGGAAGGCGAACUUUCGUGCCCAGUCUGAUCAUUAUAUUUACAGGAUGGGCAAUGUCGGAGCACUCUCAACAUCUUCUAAUCAGUACAAAGGUCCACUAUGUAUUUGGCCUUGUAUUGAUGUCGGGUGGAGCACUGAGGAUUGUUGAGAUUUCUUUCCUACUGAAGGAUGAGAGAGCAGGAGACAAAAUAUAUUCUUUUCAAUACCUCGCUCCAUUUUGUCUCGUGUGUGCCGGUGUAAUGUUUAUGGGCGCUAAUGAAGAACAGCUCAUCCUAGUUUUGAGACUUGGAGCUGACCACGGCGCUUACAUUCUUCUUUUAGGCUCGGCAGCCUUUAUGAUCUACUUCUGGAUGCUAGUAUGCCUGGAAAUUUAUCUUCAUUUGAUAGUGAAAGAGCAAAAGGGCUUUUUAUCAAAAUACUCGAAUUUGGAAGGUCCUGUAGAAGACCCUGAUUUUGAGCUGGAGGUGGUUUCGGAGGACCAGUUUCGCGAGUAG